AUGGGUGGGGUGCUCAGGAGACGGUCUCUGCUGGGAGCCGCGUGGUCACUGAGCGCGGCCUGGCCUUUCUCCCCAGGGGCCCGGAAGACCGUGCUCAUCUCCCUGGCCCUGGGGGCCGUGCUGGCUGGGGCCGCGGCCGCCGUCCUGCUCUGGAGGUUCGUGGACAGCAAGUGCUCGGUGGCCGGCAUGGAGUGUGGCUCCUCGGGGGCCUGUGUCAGCGCCUCGCACUGGUGUGAUGGUGUCCUGCACUGCCCCAGCGGUGAGGACGAGAACCGGUGUGUUCGCCUCUACGGGCCCAGCUUCAUUCUGCAGGUGUACUCUUACCAGAGUAAGAGCUGGUACCCGGUGUGCCAGGACGGCUGGACUGAGGGGCACGGCCGGGCCGCCUGCCAAGACCUGGGCUACAGAAACAGCUUCUUCUCCAGCCGCGGCGUGGCAGACGACAGCGGGGCCACCAGCUUCAUGAAGCUGAACGUGAGCUCGGGCGGCAGGGACCUGUACCAGAGGCUGUACCACAGCGACUCCUGCUCUUCAAAGAUGGUGGUUUCCUUGCGAUGCAUUGGUGAGUGGUUUGCCCUUUCUGUUUCUCCUGUGCAGAAUAGGGACCUUGUUUUUGUGCAAUGACACUGUUCUGGGCAGAGAGAGAGAGAUAGA